AUGCAGCGUUCACUCCACAAUCCCCCUCCCUGCCUCGCUCACUCACAUCCCGUUCGCCCCUUCCUCACCUCCCCCUCCCUCCUGACUCCAGUGCACUACGAGGGGAGGCUGACCACGGGCGAGGUAUUUGACAGCUCGAGAGAGAACAAUGCAGUGUUCCCAACCCAACCCAAUCCCCUCCUCCCUCCAACCAAUCCUGUAUCCAGUCCACUAAGAAGGAAGGCUGACCACGGGAGAGUGCACUACGAGGGGCGAUUGACAACGGGCGAGGUGUUUGACAGCUCAAGAGAGAACAAUGCAGUGCUCCCAACCCAACCCUAUUCCCCUCCACGCCCUCAUUCCCGCCCCAACCAUCCUCCCUGCCGCUUCCUUCCUUCCGCAUGCAGUGCACUAGGAGGGGCGGCUGACCACGGGCGAGUGCACUAUGAGGGGAGAUUGACAAGGGGCGAGGUGUUUGACAGCUCGCGGGAGGACAAUGCAGUGUUCACGUUUGAAGUGGGCAAGGGGAAGGUUAUUCGCGCAUGGGAUAUCGGCAUCAAGAGCAUGAAGGUGGGUGAGCUGGCAGAGCUGACGUGUCAAUCAGACUAUGCAUAUGGAGAUGCUGGUUCUCCUCCCGAAAUACCUCCAGGCGCCACAUUGGUGUUUGAAGUGGAGCUCAUGGCUGUUCGGCCCCCCAGAGGCUCCGUUUCGACAGCUGCUGCUGAGAAGGGGCGGCUAGAGUGA